AUGCGCGGAGCGAAUGCGGAAAGCAACGGCCGGAACCGACGCUCCGCGCUGCCCGCGCGGGGGGGCGUCGCGCGGGGGCGCCGGGGCUGGACGCGGGGCGGCGCGAUCCUUCUCGGCCUCUCCCGCCUCAGAGUGCAGAACAAGAAGCUGUAUCUCGCCACCUUCGCUGCUGUCUUGGGACCUCUUAGCUUUGGCUUCGUGCUAGGCUAUAGCUCACCUGUUAUUCCAGAGCUGAGUAAAGCCGACGAUCCUAGACUAAGACUGGACGGUAAUCAAGCGUCGUGGUUUGGGUCUGUAGUAACAUUAGGAGCUGCUGCUGGAGGAAUACUGGGAGGCUAUCUUGUGGAUAAAGUUGGGAGAAAACUGAGUCUAAUGCUGUGCUCGAUACCAUAUGUUUCUGGAUAUAUAGUUAUUAUUUCUGCUCAGAAUAUUUGGAUGCUUUAUUUUGGAAGAAUAUUGACCGGCUUGGCCAGUGGAAUUACUUCACUUGUUGUUCCGGUGUAUAUUUCUGAAGUAUCUCAUCCUAAAGUUCGUGGUAUGCUUGGCUCUUGUGUUCAACUGAUGGUGGUGACUGGCAUACUGGGAGCCUACAUUGCAGGAAUAACACUAAAAUGGCGCUGGCUGGCAGUGUUGUGUUCUUUCCCAUCCUGCAUAAUGCUUUUGUUCAUGUCCUUCAUGCCUGAAACACCAAGAUUUCUGCUGAAUCAGAACAAACGUUCAGAAGCCAUAGCUUCUUUACGGUUUCUUCGGGGACCACAUGUGGAUCAUGAAUGGGAAUGUAGGCAGAUUGAAGCUAAUGUUGAGGAGGAGGGAUUGAGUUUCUCAGAGUUCAAGAACCCUUCAAUCUACAGGCCACUUCUUAUUGGUGUGGCUCUGAUGUUCUUCCAGCAAGUAACAGGCAUUAAUGCAGUUAUGUUUUAUGCGGAAACUAUCUUUGAAGAUGCAAACUUCAAGGACAGCAGAAUGGCCUCCGUUGUUGUGGGUUCCAUACAAGUAUGUUUCACUGCAGUGGCUGCGCUUAUCAUAGAUAAAACUGGACGAAAAGUACUGCUUUACAUAUCUGGGAUCAUCAUGGCUCUCAGUACUGCAUUGUUUGGGUUUUACUUUAAAAUGGUCCUUCCAAAUCCAAACAACUCAUCACAUCCUGAUCUACUUUUAAAUACAGUAGCCCCAGGAACAGAAAGCAACCUAUCCUGGCUCGCUGUAGUGAGCCUAGGGCUCUUUGUUGCGGGUUUUGCCCUUGGCUGGGGUCCCAUCCCAUGGCUGGUGAUGUCUGAAAUUUUCCCACUUAAAGCUAGAGGCAUUUCCAGCGGUGCUUGUGUGUUAACAAACUGGGUUAUGGCCUUCUUGGUAACCAAGGAAUUUCAUGAUCUUGUAAAUUUCUUAACGUCCUGUGGCACAUUCUGGCUCUUCUCUGCCUUCUGUUGCAUGAAUGUAAUUUUUACAGCCUUUUAUGUUCCUGAAACAAAAGGACGGACCCUGGAACAAAUUGAAGCCUACUUCAGAAGAUCUUAAACCUGAGGCUCUUAUAUAGAUACGAAACUUCUGUAUCAUGAAUUAUGGUACCAUUGUUAAAACUAUCUGCAUCACUUGGCAGACUUCUGAGUGACACAAUUUGAUUUGAGAAAAAAUCUGAUUUUUAUUAAAAAAAAAAAAAAAAAGGGAAUGUGCACACACUUUAGCAUUUCUGCCUAUUAAUUGUAGUACACAUUCUCACUUGUACAGGUCUUGGACGUAUUCUUUUUCCCUAGUUCCUGUGUUCCCUUCACCUGGUCCAGACUGAAUAUAAUGAACAGGCAAGAACGCUAAAUGUUUUGGCGAGUUUUUUUUUUUUUUUUUUUUUUGGGGGGGAGGAAAGAUGUAAAUAAAGAUCUAAAUUUGCAAAAUUUAAUUCCUUUGCCCCAGUACACAUGUGAUGCUGACUUCUUUUAUGGCAUAUGCUACAGAGAAGAAAUUAAUGACAUAGCCUAGGUAAUGUGAACUUCAGCCUACUAUGACUUUUUUUUUUGGACCUGCUUGCAUGUCUGGGAUUUCUGACCAUGGAAUAAUGACCAUGGAAGUCUUUAUCCUGACUAGAUAUGAAGGCUCUGCUUUCAUGUGUAUUAGCAUUAAGCUGUCUUUUGAGAUGCUGGAGUUUGUAAGUUCAUCAAGACCUCAAAAAGCUGCCUUGAGCUAGCACAGCUGAAUUACCAUACUUGUGUAACAGCUGCUAACUCUGUGGUUGCAUCGCGAUUGCAUGAUGUUUGUAAAUAUUGGAAUGGCCUUAAACAAGUUUCUCUCACUGAAAACUUUAUGAAAAGAGGGGAAAAAUUACAGAAGACGACCAUUGCUGCUAUACUUCUGGUGUGGGAUUUAUUCUAAGAUCCGUAUAGCAGGACAAAAGCAGAAUCUCAUUGCUGACUGAAGGCAGCUAGGGUCUUUUGUCUGAUCUUGUAGUAACAUGAAUAGCCUCUUUGGGCUUGUGUUUCCAGGUAGCAGCUGAUGCAUGUCCCUGUUUUUCAGGACAUGUCAACAGAAACUGUUGUAUCAGCAAAGUAAGUUUCAGCUCAUUUUGCUUAAAGAAAUGACAGUAGUUGACGUCCUGUCUUAAGAGCUAUUCCAGGGUGAAGCAUCUUCAAAAGCGUAACUACUGUUUGGUUUUAAAUUUUGCCAGACAGUUUUUUCCUAUGAAUGACAAGUUAGCUAGGAAUGAAUUUAAGUUAUGAGAAAGGGUUUAGCUUUCACCACAAUAUAUUUCAGAAUUGAGUCAAAAGUAUCUCUUUUCCAGAGGUCUUAAGGAGGGGGGAAAAAAAAAAAAAAAAACACAACUCUUAGAAUGAGAGUGUACCAUUUGCAAAGGGAAAAAAAUAUAUCUUUUGCAGUGUCAAUUUAAGGGGCACAGUUCUGCAACUAAAGGAGGUUUCUGAAAGUCUGAAAGACCUCUGGAGACUCUUGCCAACUCCACACAGAUGCUGGAUAUGGUCCUGUCAAUGAUGUGUUAUGGUCAGGCCUCAAAUACUAAUGUCAUUGGUGUGAAACAGCACUUGCAUAAAUGAAUUGUAUCCUCUGAAACACAAGUCUCUACAGAGUAUAAACGGUGGAAACAGUAAUCCAGGGUUGUCUACCCUAGGUCCAUACUACCUGUUCCCUUUUAAUUUCUGUUGCUUAAUGAACCGAGUUUAGAAAAGUAAUUAGUCCUGCAAGUGCAAAACAAGUAAGUGAUGUCAAAUUUAUUGUUUAUUAUAUAUGAAGGAAUAAAUGGUGUCUGUUACCACUGCAGAAAGGUAAUACAUUGCACUUCUUAAAACAGUUCUAGCUGUGAUAGGAAUGUCUCUGUGGGAUACUACAUCUAGAACACAAAACAUACACGCUGUCAUAUGACAUUAAAAACAAUGGCAAUACAUCAAUUUUUAAGACAAGUGGUGGUAGAUAGUUUUUCAUCACAGAAAUUUUAGCAACAGUCUUAACAAUAUGCAAUUAUUAAAGUACAAAGCAAUCUGCUAACAUUCAAAGACUUCAUUAAAACUGACAUUUCAAGUUGAUAACACUUUUUGUACAAACCUUUAGAGACAACAUUUUCAUUCAACCAGAUAAAUACCUAACAAAGCUAUAAAUAAAUAUGCAAAAAAUACUCUUAAAUUUUUCUCUUCAAAUCAUGUCUUAAUGUAAUUUUUUUAAGUAGCAAACAGUAGUUAGUCAGUUGCAGGUCAGCAGCAAAGUGAAGCAGCUAGGUAUUGUGCAGCCUGGCAAAGUUACUGUGCUCUCCUAUAUGUUAACAGUAAAAAUACUUCCUUUCCUGCAUGCUAGAAUGAAUGUUUGCUGCAGCCUGUCACAUUUUCCGUAUCAUUACUAUUAGGUCUUUAGUUCUCAGCAUAUAGGUUAUGCCCUCAUAAAAAUUAGGCAGGUUAUUAGAAAAUACUGCUUUAACAUAAUUGACGGACACUGGCCAUAUGAACUGUGACACCAAAGUGUUAACAAUGGUAUUAGUAAGGUACUUAGUUUCGUACAUAGACAGCAACAAAAGUGGUACGGCAACACCUUUUCAUUUGCAAAUGGGAUGGUUUGUUUUCAGCUCAAGUUAUGUUAGAUUCUUAGUACUUUUAUUCAUUUAAAACUUGUGAUAGACAGCACAAACAUUAAAAAAAAAAAAAAAGUAUGUCCCAAAUGCAGGAAAAAAACCCAGCAGAGCUGGCUGGGAAAGCACCUGCAGCUGAAAGUACAAGUUAUAAAUGCACACCUUUGGGAAACCAUGUACUAGCAUGAAAGUAAGUAAGUGGCUUAUCCUACAUAAAACGUACUGGCAGAACAGCAGAAAGUAAAUGGCAGGAGCAGCAACUUUGAGCAUAUGUAACAGGUUAGGCCAUAGUGUUGCUCUUCCUGUGGGUCCUACCUAAAUGGUUGACUGGGCCCCACCAUACUAAGAACUGCUUAAAUAGUUACACAAUGGCCUAGUACUCAAUAUUUCAUUUGAAUCUCGCAGGCAGUAACAAAUAUUUAUGAGACCUAUUUGUGUGGCUUACAGGUGUUUAUAAAUAGUCUUGUACAGGCACACUACUCAUUCUGGCUGCUACUUGCAUGCUCUAUGUUAUGCACUUAAAAACAGCAAUAAUUAAAUGCCCCAAACUCAGGAAGGGCUGUAAUCAGAACCAGACCACUUUUUCUUUGCAAAACAAGCAAUUGAAGGUAUUGGUCACAUGCAUCCAUUCUUUCUAGUGUUUAUAUUUCUGCCUUUUGGCCUUGAUAGCACCUACCCCUUCCAAGUUGCACUUGUGUCUUUAUCUCUCCUUAGAAGGAAGAGUUUUGUUAGUUUCAUUUUUCAAACAUUCAUAAAAUUAAUGUGUACUGCAUGUAACUCAUGGCACAGCCUGAGGCUGUUAACCCACAGAAACCACAUCCUUGGACAGUGGCUGUUUGUCCAGUUGUGCCAGCAGUUUCACACGAUUGUGCACUAAUCUAUUUUAGGUAUGACAAAUGUGAUUAAGGUCCUCUAUGGAAUUUGGUUCUAGUGGCUUGUGUCACAACAAAAUUGGAACAUCGCUACUGUGCUCUCUCUCCCGGCUACUUACACGCCAGGCUGCUCUCCUACAGUCAUAUGUAAUAGCUACAUGUACACUGCCCUAAGGCCUCAGCUACCAUCUCUGGGAGUCAUAUAGCCAAAGUAAUGUCACCUGACCCCUUCCCAUGUCCUUUUGAUAGGUCUGAUAUUAGCCCCACAUGCCUGCAAGCCAUGCUGAUUAAUUAUAGAAGCAAAAACUCAAGAAGUGACAGUCUUGUUAAGGCACUUAACUGCAUACAUUAGGAAUAAAGACAGGUAAAAUUUUUUUCAGUGUUCAGAUCCUGUCUGUCCUAUAUGAGUAGUAGUCUUUUAGGACCAGAAGGUAUCAAUGUGACCUGCUAACAUUAAGUAAGUUAAGUUACAGCAUAAAAUUAGGAUUAGGAGAAAAAAAAAAA